AUGGGUCCUUCAACCACAGUUGCUUCACGAAGUGAGGGUGAAAUAUUGCAGUCUUCCAACUUGAAAAGCUUUAGCUACGAUCAGGUAAGAGUUGCAACGAGAAAUUUCCGGCUAGAUAGUGUCUUGGAAGAGGGUGGUUUUGGUUCGGUUUUUAAGGGUCGGAUUGAUGAACAUUCACAUGCUCCAACCAAACCUGGAUUGGGGAUUAUUGUUGCUGUGAAGAGGCUUAAUCAAGAUGGCUUUCAGGGUCACAGAGAAUGGUUGGCUGAAAUCAACUAUCUCGGGCAACUUCAGCAUCAUAAUUUUGUCAAACUAAUAGGAUACUGCUCUGAGGAUGAUUAUCGGCUUCUGGUUUAUGAGUUUAUGCCGAACGGAAGCAUGGAGAAUCAUCUUUUUAGGCGUGAUUCUUAUUUUCAACCACUCUCUUGGAGUUUGCGAAUGAAAAUAGCUCUUGGGGCUGCUAAAGGUCUCGCAUUCCUCCAUAGUACAAAACCUAAAGUCAUAUACCGUGACUUCAAAACUUCGAAUAUACUACUUGAUUCUAACUAUGAGGCCAAACUUUCUGAUUUUGGGUUGGCCAGAGAUGGGCCAACCGGUGAUAAAACUCAUGUCUCUACUCGGGUCAUGGGAACCCGUGGAUAUACCACACCUGAGUAUGUAUCAACAGGCCAUCUUUCGGUGAAGAGUGAUGUAUAUAGUUUUGGAGUAGUUCUUCUGGAAAUGAUAUCAGGAAGACGAGUCAUAGACUCUUACCUACCAUCCAUAGAACACAACCUAGUUCACUGGGCCACGCCUUACAUAUCCAACAAACGCAGAGUUUUUCGCGUGAUGGAUCCAUAG